AGACGGAUGACUCUGGUGCAGAAUGGAAAGGGAGAAAAAGAGAAAGAAAGAGGAAGAAAUACAGGAGAACGGUAUAUACCGCGCCCGCAUAAAACGGCCGUCCUCUCGUGGAGCACGUAACGCGUAGUAGGUGCUACAGGAUUGGUUGGUUUCUAUGUGUGGGGGCGGCCUGGCCAGCAACCCGUUGAAAAUAUAAGCGUGUGUGAGUGUCGGUUGAUUAGCCAGAGUCAGAACGGAUCGUCGCUUAGUGCGACAGUGUCCGGUUAGUUAGGCGGCUCUUGUUGUUUCGCGCGAUCAACUCACCCGGUUGUCGAUAUAUAGAAAAUACAGCAAAAAUCCGUUCAGUCGCAAGAGAAACAAUAUACGUAAACAUUUGGAAAAUCAUUCGCCCUCUAUUUCUUUUGUUUUCUUCUUUUUUAUUGCUGCUCCUAUUUUGGAAAUGUUUUCAAAUUAACAUUUGAGCAUAGUUCCUCCGGUUCUCGAAAGUAUAAUUCGGAUCGACUGGUUCAAUCUGUUCGUGUGCCGACGACACGAUGCUUGGCUCUCGCUUCGUUAGCUUGUACUAAUCAAAAUUAAUCAUAACCCGGGCAACAAUUGAUCGCAAUUGGCUCGGAUUCCAUUACGGAGGACGCGCGAACGCCGCGACCGCCAUCCUGCGCACCGCGCACGCCUUUUUGCAUAAUUGGCCAACCGGAGGUCUUCACGAAGAACCCGAGGAAUCGGCGGUAAUAAAGGGAGCAGGAAGUGAAUGGGACACAGUUGUCUAGGGUAUUUUAAACCCUGGCUGGAUCAUAGAUCGACGAAUUUUCAUUUGUUACUACCGAGAAGAGAAGAAGAUAAAGAACAAAGUUGAAGAAACAUCGAGGAAGAGGAAACUCUCAUAUACUUUGUAUCGGAAAUCCAAGCGAGGCAUUCAAUAUUUAUUUACUAAUAGAAAGAAAUGGUUCCUGUCGAGUUGCUCUAAUUUUAAGCCUGUGAAGAUUGAAGAAGAGAGAUAAUUGAAGUCAAAAAACUGUUGAACAAGAAGUGUAUAUAAUUCAGAGGAGAAGAAAUUGUAUUCAGCGCACGGUGAUUGAAGAAGAGAAAACACAAUUGCAGUUUGUGAAACUAUCAAAGAAAAGGAGAUACGAAUUUAUAUUAGAGAUUGAAAGAAUUUGAUAUUUAUGAUAUUUUUAUUAAAAAGAAGAGAAGUUCCUAUCUGAUUUUGAUAACGAAACCACGUGUUUUUAAAACGUCAAGAGUUAUCAAAGAAAUACUGUGCCAAUAAUUGCAUUUCAAUUAUUAUUUGACACUAAAAAAAUAAUCUAACGUUGUUAUUCAUUACUUGAAGAAUCGAAAGGAGAAAAUAAUUGAAAUUUUUCAAUCCUAAAAGAAUUUAUAAAAGAUGGACGGAGGUCCCUUCGAUGACCCGAUCUUCUCUGACUUCGGUGGUCGAGGAGGUUCCGGAGUCCACAGUAUUCAAGUGAUGCUUGGCCUUCAUGGUGGGCACCAUGGUGGCGAUUUAAUGCCCACUGGAGGUCAUCUGCACAAAUUGGACUCUUCCAACAGUCCACCGCCACAUCAUCAAACGUCUCACCAUCAUCUGCAACAACAACAACAACAACAGAAAGAGCUGAAGGAAUUGGAAUUAGCUGGAAUGUACGCACCACUUCCUCAGACGCAGGAUGUCACCACGUCGACGUCCACUGCUGCGACGCCGACCUCGACGACGUUGCAGCAGGGUCUGCAGCUUGGAAAUCCUUUAAAAAGGAAGCCAGAAGACCCGAUGAACACUCUUGCUCCAGUCAGUAGCGAGGCUCAGCCAGCUAAGAAAGAUUCCAAGAAGAAGACCGACAACAAUGGGAUCAAAAAGAAGAAAACCAGAACGACAUUUACUGCUUAUCAAUUGGAAGAAUUGGAAAGAGCAUUUGAACGUGCACCGUAUCCUGAUGUCUUCGCGCGAGAAGAGCUAGCUCUAAAACUCGCUUUGUCGGAGUCAAGGGUUCAAGUUUGGUUCCAGAAUCGGCGUGCAAAAUGGCGGAAGAGAGAACCUCCACGUAAAACCGCUGGGUACAUGGCUGCUGGUUCAGCAAGUCCCGGUUUAUCAGGAUCAUUUACCUCGCUGAAUAAUACCCUCAACCCCUUCGCCUCUCCAACAACAGCGACAGCACCGCCGGAUGCUUGGGCGUAUUCUCCAGCGUAUGAUCUGGCGCCACACCUGAAUCUACUUAGCCCAUCUAAUUCCCCUUAUUCCACCUCUUUCGGUGGACCGAGCAACAACGGGUCAGCAUACUCGUACGCGACAAUGCUUCCGCAACAUGAUGCCUCGUUAUUUUCUACACCAUCAGGGAACACGAUGCGCGUGCACCAGGAUUACAUGAACGCCAGUAAUAGUCCACCACCUCCUCUAACCCGCAACGAUUAUCAGACUAUGGUGACCACGCAUUCGCCACCCACUCACCUAGCUAACUCCAUGUCAGAGGAAGAACAUCAGCAGAAUAAGCAAUUGGAUUAUGUCAGUGGUCUCAGUCCAGCGGAUAAGUAUCAGCACGAACAAUCUGAUUACACGCAGCAGCAGCAACAACAGCAACAACAACAGGAUCAGAAACAAGAAUACGGGAUGCACUCACCACAAGGACGCCAAGGAAUGAAGGAACAGGUGAUGGUGAAGAGCGAGCCAACCAGCCAGCAGAGCUAUGUGCAGUUGCCUCCUUUUCUGAACUGACUCGAAACCUCCAGUCUAGAUUUACUCUAGAACAACUGGCGGUUCCAGUUUGGAAUGGAUCUUUCUUGCCAAAGGAAUUUCAGGGCUGAACGUAAAGUCUUGAUGAGUUGUGCUUAGGAAGAUUUAUUAGCAUUUGGAUUAAGUUAAGGAUAAUAAUGCAAGGUUUUGAGUUAAUUAGAGUUAUUAUAAUGUGUUAUUCUAAAGACAGAAAGAAGUUUGGGAAUAGAAGUCUUCAAUAGAGUCCUUUGAGAGAUCUUGAAAGUUUCUUUUAUUUAUGAAGUUUAUUCUGUUCUCGAUAUAAUUCUAUUUUGUAUUAUAUAACUUUAAAAGAUUCAUGAAAUUCAUUGGAAUUACAUUUGUAAAAGAAAGUUUAACACUAAGAAUACGAUAAUCAUUGAUUCUUCUUAGUAAGAAAGCAGCCCUGGAAAAAAUAUGUUUUUUUAUAAUAAACGUAUAUCUGUAAGAAAUAAAAUAUUUUAAGGGAAGCAAUUAAUUGAAUGAGAGCAUUCUAGUGCCUUAAAGGUGUAAGUUCGUAUGAGGUGUGAGUACUUUUGUAUUAUUUGUCCCUUGUUCGUAGUUAUUAAGAAAAACCGAAUGAAAAUGAACGUGUUGUGUUGUAUUUUAUUCAAAUACUCUGUAGUGUAUACGAAAUCAUGUACAUAUAUAGAGAGAGUAUAAAACAUCACCUGAACUUGUAAAGUCUUUUACAGAGAUAUUUCGUGUGUAUUUUGUACUCUGCCCAUCUUUUUAUGACGUUUGUAAUUACUCGCAUUUAAAUACACUUAAAAAUGAAAACA